AAAUACGUGUGUCCCUAUUGCUCCAAAGGAUUCACAAGACCCUCUAGCCUACGUACACAUACAUAUUCUCAUACGGGAGAGAAACCAUUUCCUUGUACAGAACCUGGUUGUGGGCGUAAGUUUAGUGUUCAGUCGAACCUUCGACGUCAUUUACGUGUU